CGGCGGCCCUUAAACAUGUCACUUCCGCUUCCGGCCUCGCUCCCGGUAACUUCCGGGUCUAGCGGCGUAGCGGCUGUGGCGGAGUGACGCAGGGCUCGGCAGCCAUGAUUGAAGUCGUCUGCAACGAUCGUCUGGGCAAGAAAGUGCGGGUGAAAUGCAACACCGAGGAUUCCAUCCGCGACCUGAAGAAGCUGAUCGCGGCGCAGACCGGCACCCGCUGGGAUAAGAUCGUGCUCAAGAAAUGGUACACCAUCUUCAAGGAUCACGUCACACUGGGCGACUAUGAGAUCCAUGAUGGCAUGAACCUGGAGCUCUACUACCAGUAGCAGCUGCCAUCCCCUCCCGGCUCCCCGCGGUGCUCGCUCCCCCGUGGGACCCACCCCCUCCCCCACCAAUCUGCGUUUCCCCCCUUCCCGCCCCUCAGCUGGAGCCAUGUUGAGGCUCUAAACCUGCUGUAGCUGCCCUGGAGUGUUUAAGUGGUUUAUAAUAAACGUGUCUCUCGA